UGUUUGGUCGCAAAGCAGCGACGUCGCAAAAUGAUGACUUCACGUGUUGACUUUGUCGUCAGACUGUGCGACAAAUGUAGUCUUAUUUAUUUACGGAAGCUCAAGCCAGGCGGUAGUUCGCACUUACAUCCUGGAUAAGAGAACUACCGGAUUUGAUUAUUAAAUAUUUCUUUCAACUCGCGAACAUUAACUUCAGUCGAAAUCUCACUCUUUAGAUUUACCUCUAAAGUGCGUUGACCUGUUAGCCUAGCUUAGCCUAGCAGCACUGCUCGGCUGAGAUGUGUCCUGAGCUAGCACCGCCGACAGCAUGACAGCACUGUGAUAUCUGGUGUUUGUGUGACUGUGUUAAACUGCCGCUGGUUAAACAGGGUUUGUACGAAAGUGGGGCUGCUUCCGGACCGUUCACAACAUGCUAAACGUCCCGACCCAGUCCUUUCCGGCACCGAGCUCCCAGCAGCGGGUCUCUCCGUCCGGCCAGUCCGGGAGGAACAAGGUGGCAUUGAAGCCGGGCCACAGUCUCAUGGACUGGAUUCGGUUUGCCAAGAGUGGAAAAGAUCUUACUGGACUCAGAGGGCGCCUCAUUGAAGUUACUGAGGAAGAACUGCGGAAACACAACAGGAGAGAGGACUGCUGGACCUGCAUACGAGGUAUGGUGUAUAAUGUGAGCGCCUACAUGGACUACCACCCUGGUGGAGAAGAGGAGCUGAUGAAGGCAGCAGGAGUAGAUGGAACUGAACUCUUUGACCAGGUCCAUCGCUGGGUCAACUAUGAGUCUAUGCUGAAAGAGUGCCUGGUGGGCAGGAUGAGCACCAAGGCUGCCACAGCUGUUAGAGCAAUCCUACCCCCCCCACCUGUGACUGGCCUCGCUUCACCGACUUCAGUGGCUCCUCUUCCAGACAAAGACUCUCGCCCUCGGUACGACUGGUUCCAGACUGAUGGGACCGUUCAUCUGGUUGUUUACACCAGAAGAAAGAUACCCAGCUCAGGCUGUGCCACUGUCGAUCUAAAGGCAGGUGUUCUUCGACUGGAGGUGCUGCUGGGGAAAAUGUCCUACAUGGUUCAUUUGCGUCUCUCUGAUGAAGUUGAGGAAAAUGUUGCAGUUCACACUGCUUUCUCCGUGGGAAAGAUCCAGGUUAGCAUACGCAAAGGUACUCACGGGAAAUGGGCGAGCCUCGGUCAACCUCUGGAGUCCCAUAAUACGUUUGUACGCCAGAAAGACCGAGCUCUCUUCUAUCGGGAUUGUGUGUUGGUGUCUAAGACUGAGGUGAACCACAACACUUACCUGUUCAGACUGCAGCUCCCUGCUGGGACUAGAAACACAAAGCUGCUCUUUUUUAACCGACGAGAAGAGGACAUUCUUUGGCGCGUUGAACUGGAUGAACUGGCUGCUAAUAACGACAGGUUUCAGGUGGAGCAUGUCCUCUCUGAGCCCAGUGAGCGCUGGACCGGCUGGAGUGGUCCGGUGAACGAGCCCAUACUUACUGAGCUGCUUUCCAGGCCUGAUGGGUCCAAAUGCUACGCGUGUGUCUGUGGCCCUGCAGCCUUCACAGAGCUAACACUCGGGUUGUUGAAGCAUCAGGGCUUCAGUGAGCAGCAGCUCCACGCCUUCCAGGGUUGACAUGAAGGGAACAUUGUGUUUCUAUGCAUCGAGAACUUGAUGAUGCUGAUACGUUUGAGGUGCUCUGAGGAACAUCAUGUGAAUAAAUAGAAAUAUCACUGGUACUGUUUCAGAUACAGUGGAUCCAGAAAGUAUUCAUUCAGCAUUUGUCACGAUCCAGCCUUAUUCCAAAAUACAUUCAGUUCAUUUUUCACUUUAAAAUUCUACACGUGAUGCACCGUGAUAGCAAAGUGAAAAACAUUUGCUCAUCUAUCGAUCUAUCGUGUACAUGGCCUUAAUGCCUACUCCAGCUCAUUUAGCUUAAAGCUGCUCUUAACCUGGUCACCUGCGCUCACUGGGCAUAUUUCUAUUUUGAUUGUGUAAUUCCUGCUCACCUGAAUGCUUUGAGGAGUGAACAGCCAGUGACACCUCAGCCUGAGUCCAACCUGCUGAUUUUUAUAAACACACUGCACCUUCAGUUCAGACAGAACCUCAUCACCUGCCUCUAGUUUUUAAUUCACUUUUAUUCAUAAAGUGUUAAAAUCACAACAGCAAUCCCUGCGAGGUGCUUUAUAUUGUAAGACAAAGACCUGCAACAAUACAGAGUUCACAUUGCAGGAUGUUAUGCCACACAGCUACGAGGGUAAAGGAAACCACACAUAGAGACUGAGGCCUGUGGAAAUCCAUGGCUGCUUCUCCCGAAGGUUACUAACAAUGAAAUGAAGUAUCUCUGCGUGCUAAAGAAAAGUGUUGCAACAGGAGGAGAUUUUUCCAACUAUCAAAAAGAAAACUAAUGAAUGCCAAGUGCUUCCUAGCAUGGUGGCACCACCACCUGGUCACGGUGCCAGUAAAGCAGCCUUUUCCCGGGGCUUUAAAAACGUUGCUCAGGGUAAAUUCAAAGGUUUGCUUUGAUCAUAUCAAACUCAUUGCUACAUAAUACAGGCCUCAGCAGUGCCUACCUGUGGCUGUAGCUCAGGUGGUAGAGCGGAUCACCUACUAACCAGAAGACAUGAUACUAAUCCCAGGUUGCUCUUCAAUGCAUCCAUCGGGGUGUGAAUGUUAGGUAUCACUGGAAGCCUAGAAACGUGCUGGUGUGAUUGGGUGAAUGAACAAGUUGUGUAAAGCGCUUUGAGUGCUCAGAUAGGGUAGAAAAGCGCUAUAAGAACCAGUCCAUUUACCUUUAGCUCCUCCCACAAUAGUUGGUGCACAUUGUUCCCAUUGGGCUGUAGUCUCUGGAUCUUCAGUUUCAAAAGGUCAUAGCACUGAGCUACCAGGUGUUUCUGGGUUCUUUGCCCGUUCAUAGUUAUCACAUUUAUGCAUAUAGAGUGGGUUAGCUGGCAUAGCCGUGUUACAUCAGUUCCACGUUUCCUGUCCUUACCCGUGUAGGCAACUUCUCACCUGUCCUGUUCUGGUUUCCCAACACCUGACCUUGUUAAGCUGGGUGACGUCUAAGCCAGUAGUUGGGCUUAGCUAGCAUUGGGCUCUAGCCCAUGCUGCAUGCUGCAUGCAUGUCUUGAAUGGGUAUAAUACGGUCAGUGGAUACAAUUAGAAAACAUCGUUUACAUUACAGUUGGUAAACUUCAUCAAUACUUGGUCACCUAACAUGACUUAUCAGUCAGGGACGCACAUCUACUGUUACAGUCACGCCCAAAAGUACCUCAGUACCUCCUCUGCUCCUGCCGUGUGAUAACACAACCCUUGAACUGUGCAACAAAGACAUUCAGGCUGCAGACAGAACAACGUGAUGUGCUAUGUAGCUGCAACAUACAUGAAUCCAGCAGAUUCCCUUAGUGUGCGAGCUACACCACAGCCACAGCUCUGUGUUUGUGUCAUAUCAGUGAUGCCAGCUCACAGUCUGGGUUUAGGGGAACUGCUCUACUUUUAACAUAAGGCUUCAAACUUUUGGAGGGGCAGCCUGUAGCUCGGGCUGGAACAAAUAAUCUUGAACUUAUGGAAAAAUAAAUUGACACCAAUCAGAUUUUCUGAGGUUCAUUAAAAUAAAUCCGGAUCAAUGAAGCCAGAGCAGUCUUCACACCUGCACUGAUGCUGAAAAGAAUAAAUAACAUCUCCUUCACACAUGUGUGGAAACAAACACUGUGUCUGCAGCUGUAUGCAAACGUUACAGUUACAGUACAUAGAGGUUAAAUCAGGUGAAACAUUUCUAACCUUGGAUUAUUUUAAUUCAUUCACAGCACAAAUGUGUGUAAAAUGUAUUAAUAAUAGCGGUGGUGAAUUAACAUUGGCUGUGUGGUAGCAGAUGGGCAUCUCACUGCACACUGUAAAGACAAAUGAAAGCAUUUACACCGAGUGUGGUGCUCAGCUGCCCCGUAUCGCAGACAUAACCUGGAAACACAGUCUGAAGAACAUAACAUCAGCCUCCCAUCCAGACCACAGUCUGUGCUCCCUGCUUCCCUCUGGGAAGAACGAGGUUCAGGAACCUCUGAUCCAGAAACGACCAGCUCAGGAACACCGUCGUCACAAUUUAAACCCUAAACACGCACAAGCACACCAUGCACACAACAAUAACAUUGUGCCAAUACUGUGAAUCCAUGUACAUGUUUACUCUGUAGGCUUCUCUUUUAUUCAUGUAAGUUACUCCAAACAAUAAUGUUAUAUCGUUUCCACUUCACAUUAGAUACCAAACUUUGUGUCUUAGUUUGAGUAUUGUAGUUUCCAGUGACAAUAAAACAGUCUCAUCCAAAA